AGUGUGUCGUAGGCCCAUUCUGAGGUACCCACGACGCUACGCCGUCUGCGCGCCCCGUACACCAUGUGCGCUCGUUUCUAAGCGUCGCCAGUCGUUUUGAAACGCGCCAAAAAUUUCCCACUAGACUCGAAAGUAAAGAAUCGAUCCACCUGCUCCUCCUGAAGCAACCUGCUUGGAUUAUCGAAAGUGAAAAUACGCUGCUGCCUUGGGGGAGCUCCUCCGUGUCGUCUUUUGUGUGUUCCCUGUGUUCCCUCCGUUACCGGGGUGAAUUUUUUGUGUGUGUUUUAUUUCUUCGUUUUUUUUUUGUUUUUUAUUCGUUCGCUUUCGUCCCGGCUUUUCAUGGAGCACGUGCCAGCAUGACUUGGUUACCUGGAAGUGUAGUAGCUACGGUGUUCUGUGUGUGUUUGUGCUUGUGAGAGUGAUUUUGUCCCCCCCUUUUACAUCCGGGUUGUGCAGACGAAGUCUGUGUAGUGUUUGAAAGUGUGGGUGCUCGAGGAGAGAACCCUUUCAAGUAGCCAUGAUCAUAUCCAAGGAUUUGUUUAUUCUUGGUGACGAGUAUUUGACUAUGCCUCGCCAUGAGAAAUAUACGGUCUGCUCCAAUACAAGACUGGACAGUUCGUCGGGGCGACUUCCACACGGUGGCGUAGCAGGCAACCAAUCAGGGUCCACGACGGGUACCCACCACGUGGCGCCCACGCGACCAGUGGAACUUGCCUUCCGAGGACUAAGCGUGUCCUGCGGACUCUCUAAGGUUGUCCUUCAGGAUGUCUCAGGACUGGUGCGGCCUGGCGAGAUGCUCGCCGUCAUGGGACCAUCAGGCUCUGGCAAGACGACGUUAUUGAAUGCCCUGGCGGGCCGUGUGAAGACGGAUACCGGUGUGACGCUACUGAACGGCGAGCCACUCAACAAGCAGCUGAAACGUCGCAUCUGCUACGUCCUCCAACAAGAUGUCUUCUUUCCAGACCUCACGCUCAGACAGACACUCACUUACACUGCCAAGUUAAGGUUGCCAGAGACCAUGUCCAAUCAAGAGAAAGAAGCGCACGUUAAUCACAUCAUCGACAUCCUCGACCUCAGGCGAUGCCAGGAUACAAUAAUAGGAGAUGUUAUGAAAAGGGGCCUCUCUGGUGGUGAGAAAAAGCGAGCGAACAUCGCCUGCGAGCUGCUCACCAAUCCAACAGUCAUGUUAAUCGACGAACCCACAUCUGGCCUGGACUCUAGCACUGCCCAUUCCCUUAUGUCAACGUUAAAAGAAUAUGCCCAGAAAGAGAACAAGACACUAGUUGUAACAGUCCACCAGCCAUCAAGUCAAAUUUUCUACAUGUUUGACAAGUUGCUUCUUCUCUGCAAUGGACAGACUGCCUACUACGGAGAAGUCAGCAAAGUGGUUGACUUCUUUGGCAACAUUGGGCUGCACAUCCAGCAGCAUUUCAAUCCUGCCGAUUUCAUACUGGAGCAAGUCAAAAGGGCGCCAGAAAUCCAAGAGAAAAUUAUUGCUGCAGCACAGGAGUUAAGAAAAAGGCCGGACUACCCGAAACAACUACUAGAAGAGAACGAAGUCUACAGCAGCCACGAAGUAGCCACCCAGUGUGACUACACCACUGCCUCAGCUGCCAAUGUAGACUGCCCUCAAUGCCAUAAACAAGUGUGGAAGAACUUCCACCACAGGCAUUCAAGUGAAGGCCAGAAGGACGAGGAAAACAACGCUAACCCGCAGCAGUACGUUUGGGCGAUAUCGGAGGAUGACAAAUCCGGUACAGAAAAGUCUAAACAAGUUGAAUUGAGGGUGAUGCUAGACCCCGACAAAAAGAUCCCAACCGUUUAUAGCAAAAUAGCCAUUCGAGAUGACGAGGACUCUGGAAGGUCCUCCUGGUCUGAGGCUGGGAGUUCAGUGUUUGGAAGCAGGGAAGACCUCAGGGAGGAACACAAGUGGCCAACGUCAUUCUGGACACAGGUGUCCGUGCUUACGCAGAGGAAUUUUCUCGAGGCCAAAGGAAGGAUGCUGUCCAAGCUCAACUGGGUCCAAACAGUGGGUCUGGGCAUUGUCUGUGGCCUUAUCUGGUUCCAAAUAGACCGUACUGAAGCCACUAUUCCUGACAUCAGAGGAUGGAUUUUCUUCACCACAACAUACUGGAUGCUGUUUGCUCUGUUCGGAGCACUCAUAUCUUUUCCUCCUGAACGUGAGGUCAUCAACAAAGAGAGAGCAUCCGGAGCGUACCGGCUCUCCGCGUACUACCUAGCUAAGAUGAUUGGAGAAUUGCCUCUCACGGUGACGUUGCCCUCAGCAUUUCACCUCAUCGCCUAUCCCAUGCUGGGCUUUCAUAGUGCGCAGACGUUCCUCAGCCUGUGGGGAUUCCUUGUGCUCAGCACCGUAGUGUCGCAGAGCGUCGGGUUAUUUAUUGGGGCAGCCUUCACAGACCUUCAAGUGUCCGUGACAGUGUCGGCACUCUAUUCGCUGUCCACGAUGCUCUUCGGAGGUUACUAUGCAUCAUCCUUGCCUCCGUGGCUCCGUUGGCUUCAGUAUUUCUCAAUGGUCCACUACGCCUUUCAAAACAUGCACAUGGUGGAGUUCAGCAACGGACCUGAUGUCAGGUGUUUGCCGCAGAACUCCCACUUUGCAGCCUGCAACAGCGGCAGCUCCGUCAUUCCAGUGCAGGACAUCAUUCAGGACAAUGGUGUCCCCUUACCCAUCUGGGCAAACACUCUCAUCCUCGUCAGUUUCCUCGUCGUAUUCCGGCUACUGGGAUAUCUAGUGUUGCGCUACAUCCAUCGACCAAAAUAGAGAAAGACCUUUGUGGACUGCUUUAUCACAAAAUGGAUCUUACUUUUCUUUUUUCUUUUUUUUGUGCACUCAGCAACGAUUUUUUCCACUGACCAGUGUACAUAGCUAUGUGACUCCUUUUUUUUUUUUUUACCAUCUCAUGAACAAGAACACUGUGUGACAUCAUACGCUAAAGAGAGACUAGCUGCUCGUCGAGCACAAAAGAAGCGAAAAACCUUCCAUGCCUUUUGUGUAUAUUAUUCUUUUUUGCUGAAAAGUUCAGCACAAAAAAAGGACCGUCGAUGUGCCAAAACCGUGUGCGCGACUUUUUUUUUUUCUUUUUUACAAAAAUGAAAUUCGGUGUGUGACAGCGACAGAAUGUGGUGGUGGACGACGACGUGAGUGCGACAACGGCAGUGUGAAUUUCCUCCUGCUACGGGUGAAUGAAGGCCCCCCCGGUGAUGACGACUUUGUAGCCAGCACCCUUUCCACACCCUACGACAGUUUUUACACGGACACGCGUCUGAUAUACGUCAGGGAUUCUGCAGCACACAUUUGCUUGAUGCUGUGUUUAAUUUAAGACUGUGUCAUUUUGAUAGAGUAUUAGACACUUAAAUUAUGUUGGUCACUUCGUUUUUAAACGUGAGCAACUUUGUACAUACACUGAGCUGUUAACUGAGAAGUUGUUUGUACAUUAUGGUGAUUAAUUUUGUGCUUACUUAAUUAAUUGACGUCAGUUAUUAAAUAGCAUCGGUACUGCUCAUUUUUAGUCACUGUAUAUCACCAGGGAUGAUGCAAGAUGUGAGACAGAAACUCCUGUGUUGAUAAGCCCAUGCUACAGUGUUGUUGAUAAGUUCUUGGACACACGCAUGGAUGUCAACUCAAUUCAUAAGUGAUUACUGGUGGUCUUUCAUUAGCGUUAUUAAUGCGAUAUUCGACGACAGAAAAGCUUCACUGCAUAUUGGUUCAUGUUUUAUGGCAAAGGGUUUUGAGUCCUUUCAACCUCUCAACGAGAGCACCGUUAAAAAGCAUUUAUAACGUUUU